GCGGAAAGAAACACUGCUUUCCUUCUCAAGGAGGAGGAGAAAAUGCACCCGACCGCAUUAUCUUGGCUGGCAGGUGCAUAACCCCAUGCUUAUCACAUUCCUCCGAUCCAAGUUACGAGAAAAAAAACCCUUUUGCUCGCCUGUUCGAACCGAACCAAGCCAUGCGAUUUUCUCUUUCCUUUCUCUUUUGAGGAUCCUUGCCUGGAGUUGUUUUUGCUCAGUUGCCAGCCCGUCGAGCAGGCUGCAGCACUUGUGUUGCCCGUAUCACCACGCACCGGGGCUAUCCCCACAUCCAUUCAGGAACCACCCACACUAAAACGACGCCGUCAGUCUAGGCCUUGUGGUGGUCCGAACCUUGACGGAAUUCUGCCCUUUGCAGAAGAGGCUGGUGUGCGAGGCGGGAAUUACGAUGCGCGCCGUACCACUGCUGAUCGGCAAUU